CCAGAUGACAUCCAAAAAGAAUUUAUGCGACACUUAUUCCAAGCUGUUGAGGAACACAAAGUUGGAAUUUUUGAGAGUCCAACCGGAACUGGAAAAUCGCUCUCAAUUAUAUGUUCUACAUUGACGUGGCUUCAUUCGGAUCGAAGAAGAUUAACUGAAGAAGCAGUGGCCACACUUACCGCCAAGCUAAAAGCAGACUGUCCAGAUGAGCCCGAUUGGGUUUUGAAACAAGAUAUCGAGCGUAAAAAACGCGAGCUUUUGGCAGGUGAAGAAGAAUUAGAGAAACGACUUCUUGCCAUCAGAUGUCAAGAGUCAGAAGCUAAGCGAAACCAAAAUCGGAAACUGGACGCUCCCAGUAAAAGACGGGUAUGUACAACACCAACUACCACACCUUCUAAGAAAAUUGCUACCAUAUCUGAUCAAUCUGAUGAAGAAUUUGCACCAGAAGAUGAUGAGGGCCAAGAAGAUACAAUCGGUCCUAAUGGGCUUCCUCGUAGUAUAUACUUCACAUCCCGUACACAUUCCCAGCUCAGUCAAUUUGUGAGCGAACUUCGUAAGACUUCAUUCGGUCUCGGAACUCGCUUGAUAGCACUAGGAUCUAGGUCGAAUCUAUGCGUUAAUGAAGAAGUCAAAAAGAAGGCAAAAUCACUGGAAGCGCUCAACGAGGCUUGUACAGAUCUUCAGAAGGGAGUUUUACCGAAUGAUCUGAAUCUCUCUUACGCUCGACAGUCUGAAGUGAGGGAUAUUGAAGAGUUAGCAAGUCUUGGAAAAGAGCGUGGGGUAUGUCCGUACUACGGCGCUCGAAAAGCUUUAAGGCAAGCUCAGAUUGUCACAUUGCCCUACAAUCUACUAUUACAGAAGUCGUCGCGAAAUGCCCUGGGGAUUUCAUUGACAGAUAAUGUGAUCAUCGUUGAUGAAGCACACAAUCUGAUUGACAAUGUAUUAGCAAUUCAUUCAACAUCAAUCUCAUCAAAUUUUCUAGAAUUAGUAAAAAACUCAUUCAAGAUCUAUAUAAAAAAGUUUGAAAAAAAACUCAAAGGAUCCAACUUAGUACAUUUACAACAACUUGUACGUGUCUUCGAAUGUCUUGGAAAUUAUUGUGAUGAAUUGGCAAAAGCUUUACCUAAGAAUUUAGGAAAACAUGAAGAGAUUAUCACUACCAAUUCUCUUUUACAAAAAACUGGGGUUUUAGAUUUACUCAAUAUGCACGAUUUAGAAGAAUACCUCAAUGAAAGUAAAAUCAUUAAUAAGAUCUCAGGAUACGCUACUAAAGUAGAAACUGUAAUGAAUAACACCGAUUCGGAUGACAAAGCUUUCAAGACCCGUUCAACUUUUGUAACUGGUUUUUACAGAAUUCAAUCAUUUAUGCUAGCUUUAUCUAAUGCAGAAAAAGAUGGACGUGUUUUAUCGAGCUCUGAGCGGUCUAGUACUGAUGAGAAAAAAGUGGUAGUCACCUUAAGAUAUCAGCUUUUGAAUCCUUCUGAAACAUUUAGGGAUGUGGCAUCCGAAGCUCGAUCAGUGAUUUUGGCUGGUGGUACCAUGGCACCUAUCAGUGAUUUUCGAACCCAGUUGUUUCCAUACCUCGGUCCUGACCAAUUUUUGGAAUUCGCAUGUGCUCACAUUGUACCCCAAGAAAAUUUGCUGGUCAGAGUCGUUCCUCAUGGACCUAGCAAGACACCACUAGAAUUAAAAUUUGCAAGUAGGGGAGAUAAUAAGCUGCUUGAUGAUCUAGGCCAAUCAAUCUCCAAUAUUUGUAAUGUUGUGAAGGAUGGAAUUGUCUGCUUCUUCCCUUCCUAUGCUAUUCUAGACAGUUUAAGAGAUCGUUGGAAAACUAGCGGCUUGUUGAGUAGGUUAGAAAAUCGAAAAAAGGUUUUCAAUGAACCUAAGAGCUCGGCAGAUGUAGAAACGACACUCAAAGAUUACGCUUCAGCCAUCACAUCUCCUACUUUACCUCAAACAGGUGCUUUACUUUUUGCAGUCGUAGGUGGCAAACUAUCAGAGGGUAUAAAUUUCUCUAAUGAGCUUUGUAGAGCAGUAAUAGUGAUCGGUAUACCGUAUCCUAAUGCAAACUCUAUCGAACUUAAAGAACGUAUCAAGUAUGCUGAAACUUUGAGUGGAGGUAAACGUGAAGCUGGUGCGGCUUUGUAUUCUAAUAUGGCAUUUAAAGCUGUCAACCAAUCAAUCGGUCAAUCAAUUCGACACGCAAAUGAUUGGUCGUCGAUCAUCCUUUUGGAUUCAAGAUAUGGUACUGAAAAUAGUCAAAAGAAAUUACCAGGUUGGAUUAAUUCUAGUUUACAGAUAUCAGAUAACUUUGGGAAACUUGUAAAAGAUUUAGCACAAUUUAAUCAAAGAAUGAAUAAGAAGAAUGUCACUUGA